GGCCGCCGUUGCACCAGCGCCAUAUGAAAACAUCGCAAAAGAAACCGUCCGACUGUACGCAGAUCAAUAAACAAGAAAACUUUGUCAGCGCGAGCGAGAUUGAGUUGUGACCGAAACUGGCAGGAGACCUAGAGUAGCCUGAGGAUGGACUUCAACGUGAAGAAGCUGGUCGGCGACGCUGGCACGGCCAUCAGCCGACUCGUGCAGCUCACCGAGGAAAAGCUGGGCACUUCCGAGAGAACCGAGCUGGACUCGCACUUUGAGAAUCUGCUCGAAAGGUCCGAUGCCACCAAAAUGUGGACAGAGAAGCUGCUGAAAAAUACCGAGGCAGUCUUGACUCCAAAUCCAGGGUACCGCGUUGAAGACUUUCUGUUCGAGAAAAUCGAAAAGAAGAGGCCUAACCGACUUACUAAUCUAGAGUACCUUGGUUUGGACAUGAUGGAAGCGGGAAACGUGUUCGGCUCCAGCUCCCCUUACGGAAGUGCAUUAAUUAAGGUGGGACAAAUAGAGCAGAAACUGGGCACGACGGAGCGAGAGUACAUCGGGGCUGUUAAUCAGAGCUACAUCAUGCCGCUGAGGAAGUUCCUCGAUGGCGAAAUGAAAACUAUAAUGAAGGAAAGAAGCAUACUCGAAAAUAAGAGGAUUGACCUAGACUCGUGCAAAAACAAGCUGCGCAAGGCGAGGAGCAUCCAGGGCCAGCAGGCAGCCCAAAAGGAUGGACUCAAUCCUCAAGUUGUGAUGGAGCAGGCUGAAAGGGAACUGCGAUUGGCGCAGGCGGAAUUCGACCGGCAAGCGGAAAUCACGAGGCUGCUACUGGAAGGCAUCUCAAGCAGCCACGCGUCGCACUUGCGGUGUCUGCACGAGAUGGUGCAGGCGCAGGCCAACUACCACGCGCAGUGCCACACCAUCAUGCAGUCUCUCGCCACCGAGCUUGCAAAUUGUUUAAAGCCCCAGCCCGCACCCAUGUUGCGCGUCAACAGUGAAGAACUGGAGGUCAUCAGUCCCUCCUCGAGCCCCGUAGUUGACGAUAAAUUCACCUCUUUUGCCGCCUUCAAAUCCACGCCUGUUCCUUAAAAUCAGCGAAUCCCGCUACAAGUUGAAUGGGCUUGCAUGAUUUUUUUGGACCGAAAUUUUCUCCUAUUUCUCUUCGGCACAAGGAUUUUUCUUUUCAGUUGCGUCUUCUUGCAUUUUUUAUUGCUAGCACUCUCGAUAAUCAUGCAACGCCUUUUAAAAUUGGCUUCAAAUUGAUGAGACAAUAUCAUUAAUGCUUAUUCAAUCUAAUCCUGACGACAUGACAACACACAACGAAUGCUGUGGUCUCUGAAAUGGAGACCAAGCAAACUUUUAUCUAGUCUUAAAACGUAUACUCUCUUUCUCUCUUCGUUACUUUUCGCAUGCUUUUGAGCAACUACUACUUAUUAAUCAAAUAUAAAAACAACAAUACUCUUAAAUACACUAUCUCAAACACCAAAACUACUGCAGAAUAUCAAAGAGUUAGAACGUUGUUAGAAAUUCGAUAUAAUAUUAUAUAUCAUGUACCCCAAGUACAACAUAGUUUGCGGUGUUGGCAGUUUUAACUCAAGUGAGACAGACAAAUAACAACAACUCGACCUGCUUAUAGUUACACACAACACUGCUCGCUGACAAAUAAGUAAGGAAUAAUAAAGUAAUGUCUUUCAACUUAAUUUACCGUGGAAUAUUAGAGGUUCGACAAAUCAAUCAAGCCAAGCUCUUCCAGCCUCUCUGCUCUAAUAUUCCACUUGUCGCAGUGUGUUAAAGAAAAAAGUAUAGCACGUAAAACAAUAAGCGAAAUAGGCCGUCCACGCGUGAUCCUGUAGCGAGAGAAAGUGUUUUAUCAUAUACACACCACCAGUCAAUAAGUAUUUAAGUGUUGUUGUAAUUCCCACGCCUCUGUCUGCACUCACAAACUAUAUUGCGUUUUGUCCUGGGUGUGGUUUUGGAACGUGUGUGUGAUUUGGCCACCGCUUGAAAUUUCACCCUCCCUAUCCCAUAGCGCCUCCCUCGGAAAAUCCUCGGCUCCUGCGGCGCCGCAGCCCUCGGUCGCCACCAUGGU